UGUGCACUGGCUCCGAUGCCCUUGAAGUCGCAGGCGCGGCUAUGAGGCGCGCUGACGAGAUGCCUCCCGAGUUCAUGCAUCCUAAGCUUCGCAUCCCUCACACGGCCUCCAACAAGGUUGACCGCAAAGCUCCGGCAGAGUAUUAUGCCUCGAUGGACAUCUCGACUUGGGAGGAGGCGCUAGCGAAGGAUCACGGUCGACUUGAAGACGACUCCUGGUCGCCGCUUGCGUCGACGGUACGCAAUGCAGUGGCUGAUCUGACAGGGACGCUUGCGGAGCGGAUGAAGAAGACGACGCCGCUUAGUGCUCUUGGCGUUGACUCGGCUGGCGACAUCCCGUCGCAUCGUACGAUCCAGUGUCUCACGAAGGCGAGCGAGGGCAAGAUCGACAAGGCCCCGUCGGCGUCUGCUUGGCGCGACGAGUUUGACAAGAAGUGGAGGCCGGCUGUGGGCCUGUGGCCCGAGCAAUCCAUGGUGAACAGGUGGAGCGCGUCACCCCCUGCACACCCUGUACGUACCCCUCUAUCCGCCACCGCGCCGGUUAUUAACGUCGUUGUAGUGCAAGAAGGCAUGCUCGGCGAGACCAUCAAGGAUCCAGCGACGUACUGGAUGCAUCGCUUGUUCCAUCUCGAGAAUGGCUGCGACAUCCAAACGCUGAUCAGCGCGUGGCCGUACAUUGCUGCCGCGAUUGGAUUGCGGAAGGAUGAUUACACACCCCCCUCUAUGGGCCGUCACGAUACUGGGGGAGGACAUCAGGAAACCGGCAAUGUUGCCCAGCAUGCACCACGUUCUUUACAACGCCACACCUACAAACUCCUACUCGACGAUGUGCUGCAAGUUCACGAUUGCCAACACGUAGCGCCACGGCUGCAGCUCACGUCCGCCGUGCCUCGUGCUUUCUUCCUCCUCGAGAAUCCGAAGAAGCCGCCCCCCUUUGGGAAUAGAUUUCGGUGCCGUUUGCGGACGAUUACGCUCGACCUUUUCCCGAUCUCUCGGAUGGCUCGCGCGACGUCAAGACCGGGCUCACGGCGCGCAAGCUGUAUCAUCGGAAGCGUCAAGCGCCAUCAACGCGUCGAAUGCUCCAGUUCUUCAACUUGCUUGAGCGACGAUUCUGGCCGCGUAUGUGCGGACCGAGAAGGUUGUGUUUGGCAAAACCCGGUCUUUGCGUACGAGGGCUCCUCGCUUGAGGGACUCGUGGCGCCAAUGAUCGCCACCCUUCCUGUCCCCGUCAACGUGGAUUCCUCAACAUCUGCUCGGCGGUCUUUGGUCGCCAUCGUCGAACGCUCUUCAGCCAGCAGGUCCUCGUCUUUCCUCAAUUUGCAGCACUUCCGUCGAGUCCUACGUCAUCCCCUUAACCAAGCUCUUUUUCCGGCAAUCUUCGUCAUGAAGUCCGUCGAUUCUGCGGACUCCGGCCUCCAGUUGGCGCCCCGUCUGUGGAGAGAAGCUGGCGAGCUGACGAACUUGACGGACGAGCGCCCUCUGGCGGUCAAUGUAUACGUUUCUAGCGAUAGGAUAUUUGUCCAUGUUUCCGGAAGUAAUGCAACGGUGCCUGCGGACAACGUCGAGCUUCCGGCUAAGCAAUGUGAGGCAGUCGUCCAAGCGCUGUUGCGCGAUUUGGCUAUCGACGACGAGGAUGUCCCUUCACUCAAGAGGCUGCUGCUCGGGCUGACAUCGUCUUCGCGGUUGCGAACAAGGCGGGAGGCUUCGGACGACUCUCUAAGCCGCAAGUCGUUCUUCGUGGCUCAACGAGCGGCUAUCGGCGCGGGCGCAGGUCUACCGGCGUUGUCGAACGAAGACCUGCCUCUCGCGCGCGCUUUGCUUGGAUUGUGUCGCGAGCGCCUCCCUUCUCAUCUGACGCCCGAUGUCAUCAUCCCCUUAACAUUCCUCCCCCUCAACAACACCGCGUUGGGGAUGUUUGAUAGAACGCGUCCUCGCCUGUUCUUCUACUCAUACCCUCUGUCGGCGAUAAACAGCCAGCAAAGCAAGAGUUCGGCCAUGUCCUUACCCCUCACCGACAAGGCGAAGCGCAUUCGGGAUAUGCUCAGUCCAGCCGCAGGAGUUCCAGCGGACGCUGUUCAAGCGACGCGGGCCUCUUCGUACCGCCUUACGUCAUUCUCGCCGGCCCUUCUCUCGAAAAAACUUGCGAAUGCCUCGGAAGUGCCCGUGGAUUCCAGGGAUGACAACGCCCAAUGGGAAGUGGCCCCCGACGUGCAGCAUGAAGCCAUCCAUCACGUCGCUGUAGUCGUCGAGGCGGUCCUUCCUUGCUUGCUACUGCAGGAAGGGUUUGUCGCCCUCACUCCCAACUCGCUCGAGCCGGUUGAUGUCGAUCACUUCGUCACCAUCCUCGAGGAGGGAACCGAUAUAACCAGGCUCAAGGCCGCCAUCAAGAACACCGUUUUGGCAAACCCGAUCCUGCGGAUGUGUUGCUUCACGGCGCAUGACGGCAUAGUGGACUUGAACCGUAUCGCAAAGAAGUCGCAGCGGAGAUAUCGCGAAAACAUCCCAUUCGGCGAGUCACUCCCGAUGAUCACGUCGGAGGUGAGGCGCAGAUACGCUGGAACAUUUGACUUGCAGCGCCCGUCGAUCGUCAAGCUGCUUCAGUACUUGGCUCGCCAGUCUUCAGACUCCGCUCGCGCAUUCUUCACCGAGUCUCUCGGCGACGCGCCUCGAAACCUUGCCUCCAGCGAUACGACGGCAGAAUCCAGGUAUCACCGUCUGCGUCUUGACUCGCCACUUUCUAUUCUGGAGAAGAGCACGAGGGCGCUGCAUGAUGGCCUGCAUGUUCUGGCGGUCACUGCCUUUGAGACCGCCCUGGCAGACUAUCGCAAACGCAACGACGCCGUUUUCGGGGUCGUUCUGUCAGGUCGGACGGUGGACGUCGACGGGAUUGCAGACAUGCUGGCGCCCUGCAUUACGACAGCACUAUGCUCGUUCACUACACAGACAUAUACAGAGAUGGCUAGCCAGGGGCGAGCCGCUCUUUCAUGCCCUCUUCAAUCUCGUUCGACAGGUUCGCCGAAGGAGUCGAGCGCAGAGAAACCUGAGCUAUGGGGAUCACUCUACAGCAAAGCCGCGCCUGACACCGGUAUGCUCACGGAGACCUUGUCGUCGGGCGGCACACUAUAUCUCGUGCCUCGUUCUCUGCAAUUGGACGGCUCCGUCAAGGGUGACGUCCUCCGGACCGCCAUCGAGAAGGUCGCGGCCUCGACAGACUUCUUGCGCUGCAGCUUCCACGCUACGGCCGAAGGCGAUCAUCCGUGGAUCGCGGCAGUGCAUGCUGUCGCGCCGCUCUCUUGGACAGAACACGAGUUCGCGUCGUCUGAAGAACUGCAUCGGCAAGCGCUGGAGAUCGUUUAG